AUGAGAAAACACGCCGCCCCGUCAUCACCGACCCUCCAAAGCGUGAUGCCCUCCCUGCCCCCGACCCCCGACCGCGUAUCUGAAGAAGCCAAGCCCAUCCUCAACAGAGGCAUGACCAUCGCCGCCUUUGACGGCUCCUUUGCGCCGCUCGUGCGCCCAACCGUCCGCCGCAAGACACCGUGGUACAAAGACAGGGACUACUUCCUAGCCGGCUGGCUGAGCCCGGCCAUCUGGAAGGCCGCCGUCGUCGAAGCCAUUGCCACCUCGUGCCUGGUCUAUGUAUCCCUCCUCGCCGUCUCUACGCUCGCCAGCUACAACACGCCCCGGAUAGGCGGCUACAUCGGCAUAUUCAACACCAUCCUCCUCACCAUCUUCAUAUAUGCCACUAGUCCCGCCUCUGGCGGCCACAUCAACCCCAUGAUUACCUUUUCGGCCAUUCUGGCGGGGAUAUGCCCCCUUCCACGAGGUUCGGCCAAGGACCCCCCUUCUACCUCGUGUGGUAUUAUUGCCAGGCUAAUCCGGCGACCCAUCCACGGCGGAGGGUGUUUCUUCACCCCUUCCGUGACCUCGGCCGGCCAGGUCUUCCUCAACGAGGUCGCCGCCUCCUUUGUCAUCCUGUACCUCUCGUACGGCGUGGGCCUGGACCCCCGACAGGCCGUCCUUUUCGGACCCCGGCUGGGGCCCUUGCUUGUCGGUGCUUCGCUGGGACUCGUUUCGUUUGCGAGCAGCGGCAUUGCCGACGGCUACGGAGGCGCCCAGGCGAACCCUGCGCGGUGUUUUGCCGCCGCCAUUGCGAGGAAGGACAUGUCUUGUGAGUACUUUUUCUCUCUCUCUCUCUUCUGGUUGACAUUUGAGACUGCAGAGGCUAAUCUUUCGUCUGUUGAGACCAAUGGAUAUGGUGGUUUGGUCCAGCUGUCGCAGGUGUCCUGUUGGCCGUCUUCUACAACACCAUUCCACCUCAUCAUACUGAUGAUCAGCAACAAAAGGAGCACUUACAGCCGUCUCAUUUACUUUUGA